AUGUUGGAAAAGUGUAUUAAAUAUAUAAAUAAAUCAAAUGUGGAAGAUUUGAAAGAUCUACUUGGUUUUAAUGAUAAUUUGUUCAACGAAAAUGAAGACUAUUUAAUAACUUCAAAUAUGGAAAACAUUAAUCAGAAAUCAAAGAAAGGUGUUAUCCCUAUACAUUUAGCGUGUAAAAUUCAGGAUUUUGAUAUUUUAAAGUUACUUUUAAGAUGUGAAGAUUUGGAUGUAAAUAUAAGAGACCCCACUAAUUCAUUUACUCCUAUAAUAACUUUAAUCAAUAAUGGUGGAGAUAUUGAAUGUUUAAAUCUCUUGUUGAAAAGAUCUCCAAAUCUUUAUUUGUGUGACGAAGAAUUUGGGGACUCACCAUUACAUUGGGCAGUUAGAUUGGAGUUACCAAAGGUUGUGCAUAGAUUAGUAAAAUAUGGAAUGGAUGUUAAUCUUCUUAAUCAUAAAACUGGGCAGUCUCCUCUUCAUCUUGCUAUUUUGAAUGGGAAUGAAGAGGUCAUAAUUGAAUUAAUAGAACUCUCUGCUAAUCCCAUAUUACAGGAUGAUAAUGAUUUAGAGAGAAACUCUAUUUUGCAUUUAUGUGUACUUCAAAAUAUACCAAAUAUUGCUUUAUAUAUAUUUAAUUCAGCUACGGAAUCUCAAAAAGAAAUUAUGAGAAAAUCUGUCGAUAGAAAUGGAAAUAGUGCAUUGCAUUUGGCCUAUAUGUACGGUAUGAUGGGAUUAGCAGAAUUUCUGAUUAGUAAUGGAUUUGACAAGAAUGCAUUAAAUGAUCAGAAUUUAUCUCCUUUAGAUUUGAAAUUGGAAUAUGAGGAAAAUAACAAAAAAGAAAGUAAAGAUGGGAAUAAAGUAAAUCAAAACCAACAUAAAAAAACCGAAAUUAGGCAGAGAAGAGGAAAUAAAAUACAAGAAGAAAUAUAUAAGACUCCAGUUUCUGAGUUUCUGGUUAAAUACAAUAUAGCUGAAAAACCUAGUUUAAUAAGUACUGAUGAUGAAGAAAAUGAUCAAGUUUUGGGAAAACAUGAUUUUGUUUUCAAACUCUUUUAUAAAAAAGGAUACUAUUACCUUGAUUCUAGUUUCACAAGUCUAACUUUUAAUGAUUUAACAAACAUCGGAAUAAAGGACAAAAGUUUAAAAGAUUUAAUAUUGGAAAGUAUAGGGGCUGAAGUGAAAAUAAACCAGGAAAAGAUUCAACAAUCAGUAAAGAAGCAACAAGAAUGUAGAAGAAGGAGAAACACUGCUUACUCCAUAACAGCAAUUUCAAUCUGUAUCCUUAUAUUUUUCAUAAUGUAUGUUAUACUUAAUGCAUUAACCAGAAACAAGGAAAUGAUCAAUAAACACCGGUAA